CUUGAAUUAAAGAAGAAAUUUAAGUAUCGACUUAUUCUUGACGAAAGCCUGUCAAUCGGAACAUUGGGUAAACGCGGUGCUGGAUUAACUGAUUAUUACAAUAUUAAUCCAAAGGAAGUCGACAUGAUCGUUGGUUCCAUGUGUACUGCAUUAUGUUCUUCUGGUGGUUUUUGUUCCGGUUCAUUUGAGAUCACUGAUCAUCAGAGAAUUUCUGGCCCAGCAUAUUGUUAUUCUGCUGCUUUGCCAGCAAUGCUUUCUGCAUGUGCCACAGAAUCUAUCAGGAACUUAGACCGAAAUCCACAUCUUGUUGCAAAAGUUUUAUCAAAUACAAAUACUUUUAAAAGCAAUAUGGCAAAUGUUAAAUACGUUACAGUUGAUGGAUAUGCUGACUCUCCGGUGAUUCAUUUAAGAUUAAAUAAAGAUAUAAAAGCUAAUAACACAGAAGAAAAGGAGAAGUUUCUUCAGGAAAUUGUUGAUGAGGCAGUUAAUAAUGGAGUGUUGUUAACUCGUGCAAAAUAUGUGUAUGGACAAGAAGUAUUUGGCAUAGAACCCAGUAUUCGAAUUUGCAUCUCUGCAAGUUUUAGUAAAAAAGAAAUAGAAAGGGCUGCGGCAAUUAUUAAAAGCGCGAUCAAUAAGGUUUUGAAAAAUAAAGUUCGAUAA